AGCUGCUGGUGAAGGCGCGCGCUCUCCGCGUGAUGAGGAGACCGGUCUUCCUCACCGGACACUGUCCUACCGAAACUUCUCUCCCGGGCCGCGCGCUGGAUGAAGACGGUCCCCGGAUGAACAGCGAGCAUGAGGACGGAGGAAACUCUGUGUACCCCGGAUAUUACCUGAGGCGGAGCAAUGCUGACAGACGGGUUAUGCAGAGGCAGGCAUUGGCCAAGAGCCGUCGCCUGGCCAUGCGUGGGCCGGCCUACAUGUUCAACGCUCGCUGCAACAGCCUGUCAAUCACAGAAGAGCGAUUUCUGGAGGCGGCAGAGUACGGGAACAUUCCGGUGGUCCGCAGGAUGCUGGAGGAGCUGCCUGAACUUAACGUCAACUGCGUGGACUACAUGGGCCAGAAUGCAUUGCAGCUGGCGGUAGCCAAUGAGCACUUGGAGGUUACUGAACUUUUACUAAAUAAAGAGAACCUUGCCAGGAUAGGGGAUGCUCUUCUUUUGGCCAUCAGUAAAGGAUACAUCCGCAUAGUGGAAGCCAUACUGGCACACCAGGCCUUUGCCGACACGUCCAGACUGACCAACAGCCCCCUCCAAACCGAAACCAGCGACGACUUCUUCGCCUACGAUGAGGACGGCACACGUUUUUCCCACGACAUUACGCCCAUCAUCCUGGCAUCUCACUGCCAUGAGUACGAGAUCAUACACAUCCUGUUACGGAGGGGCGCUCGCAUUGAACGGCCUCAUGACUAUUUCUGUAAAUGUAACACAUGUAUCUACCACCAAAAGCACGACUCCUUCAGCCACUCCCGCUCCCGCAUCAACGCCUACAAAGGACUGGCCAGCCCUGCCUACCUGUCACUCUCCAGUGAAGACCCUGUAUUGACUGCUCUGGAGCUGAGCAAUGAGCUGGCUGUGCUGGCCAAUAUAGAGAAAGAAUUUAAGAAUGAUUAUAAGAAGCUGUCGAUGCAGUGUAAGGACUUUGUGGUGGGGCUGCUGGACUUGUGUCGAAACACAGAGGAGGUGGAAGCCAUCUUGAACGGAGACGCAGAACUUAACGACAACUUCGCCUCAACAGGUCGACCCAGUCUCAUCCGCCUCAAACUGGCCAUCAAAUACGAGCUGAAGAAGUUUGUAGCUCAUCCAAACUGUCAGCAGCAGCUCCUCUCCAUUUGGUAUGAGAAUCUGUCUGGGCUCCGGCAGCAGACCACGGCAGUGAAGCUGUUAGUGGUGUUGGGGGUGGCUGUUGGACUGCCCAUCUUAGCCCUGCUCUAUUGGAUAGCACCCUCCAGCAAGUUUGGGAAGAUUAUUCGUGGGCCUUUCCUGAAAUUUGUGGCUCAUGCAGCUUCAUUCACCAUCUUUUUGGGUCUUCUGGUAAUGAACGCUGCUGACCGCUUCGAGGGGACGACUCUCCUUCCAAACAUGACCAUCCAUGACCACCCUGCCCAGCUGUUCCGCAUGAAGACCACCCCAUUCACCUGGAUGGAAAUGCUCAUCAUUUCUUGGGUUAUAGGAAUGAUCUGGGCUGAAUGUAAGGAAAUCUGGUCUCAGGGUCCUCGGGAAUAUCUGCUGGAACCUUGGAACCUGCUGGACUUUGGGAUGCUGGCGAUCUUCGUCACCUCAUUUAUAGCGAGGUUCAUGGCUUUCUGGCAUGCGUACACUGCUCAGAGCUACGUGGACGAGCGCUACACCGACCUCUCCAACAUAACGCUGCCCUUCGAGAUCGAGUAUUACCGCUUGGCACGUGUAUACUGGGUUCCCUCAGACCCCCAGCUGAUCUCCGAGGGUCUCUAUGCCAUCGCUGUGGUGCUGAGCUUCUCCCGGAUUGCCUACAUCCUCCCUGCCAACGAGAGCUUCGGCCCGCUGCAGAUUUCGCUGGGCAGGACUGUUAAAGACAUAUUCAAGUUCAUGGUGAUCUUCAUCAUGGUGUUCGUGGCCUUCAUGAUCGGCAUGUUUAACCUCUAUUCAUACUACCUUGGAGCGAAGCAGAACAAUGCCUUCACCACUGUGGAGGAGAGCUUUAAAACACUAUUCUGGGCUAUUUUCGGACUCUCCGAGGUCAAGUCCGUGGUCAUUAAUAACGGACACAAGUUCAUCGAAAAUAUCGGCUACGUCCUUUACGGUGUAUACAACGUUACCAUGGUCAUCGUUCUGCUCAACAUGCUCAUCGCUAUGAUCAACAGCUCCUUCCAGGAAAUUGAGGAUGAUGCAGAUGUGGAGUGGAAGUUUGCCAGGGCCAAGCUGUGGUUCUCCUACUUUGAGGAGGGCGGGACUUUACCUGUGCCUUUUAACCUGGUUCCCAGCCCAAAGUCUGUGGUUAGUCUGGCCUACAGGAUCAAGCAGCUGCUGCUGACCCCCCUGCACAGACACAAGGACGGAGAAAAGGAAGAUACGGAGCUGAAUGAGCUUGGCAAACAAAAAAGUUCUGAUUACAGAGGAUCUCCUCGAUCAAGCCGCUAUCGGAGGAUAAUGAAGCGACUCAUCAAAAGAUACAUCAUAAAAGCACAGAUGGACAAAGAGAGCGAUGAAGUUAAUGAAGGGGAGCUAAAGGAGAUAAAGCAGGACAUCUCGAGUUUACGUUACGAACUGCUGGAGGAAAAAUCUCACGAGACAGAGCAGUUUGCGGAGCUGCUCCGGAGACUGGGAGAAACUCUCAGCAGACAACAGAACCACUAAGUGCAACCGGAAACACUGCAACUGGCAGGCCAGUUUGUGGGACUGCGAAAAAGCAGAGAGAAAAUGCACAACUAGCUGACCGUAAAUUCAGAUGUUAUGCUAUUUUUAUAGCUAUUAAUAUUUACAGGAAAGAACUGAUAACCUCAAUGUUUACACUGUGGCUGUUCAGACCACUGCGAUUAAACCAGAUAUUACUUUCUAAUCUUACAACCCCAAACCAGAAAAAAGGUAAAGAGACAGUAUGGAAAUGAUAAAAAAUUUGCUUUUUAAAGUGUUUCUUCCAUUUUCUUUCACUUUUACUUGUUUGCAGACAGCACAAAACAAAUAUAUUGUAUGUUUUGAAUUAAUUUCAUUUAUUAAUAUACAUCUAUUCCUGCUUUCCAGCCACAAUGCAUUCCAAAACAAGUAGGAAGAAGAAAGCAAUGUACGAUUAGUAAUGAGGCUGAGUGCUCCAGUGGUCUACGUUCUGCCACUAUGAUCAGGAGAUCGCUGGUUCGAAUCCUGUUCAUGCAGCUUGCCGUCAGCUCCCGGAGCCCUGAGAGGGCACAUAUGGCAUUGCUCUCUCUGGGUGGGUAGGUGGCCCUCUUUCACCUCAUUAAUCCUAGGGUGAUGUCGCUCAGCACAUGGCAUCUGUGAGCUGUUGUAUCAGAACCGAGUCGCUGCACUUUCCUCCGAGUGUACAGUGAUGCUACUCAGCAAUGCUGCAUCAGCAGCAGUUCAAAAAGAGGCAGUGGAUGACUUCACAUGUGUCGGAGGAGGCAUGUGCUAGUCUUCACAUUCCUUGUGCUGUGGCAUUACCUGUAAUGGGGGAAAGACAGCUGACUAGCAGCUGAAUGGAUAGCUAAGUUGGCAGAAAUUCGAACAAAAAAAUUAAAUAAAAAAUAAAUAAAUAAAGAAAAUCAUGAUUUGGAGGAGCAAAGAUUCAUCGUCUUCAUCGAUAAAAGUAUCACUCAGACUGUUAUUAGCCAAAAGCCAGGGUCUGAUAUAGUGUGGAGCAUUAAUGGAUCUUUUCCAGGAAAGCAUUUUUCAACAAGACAAAGCAAAACCAUAUGCUCCUGCACACAUUACACAGACAUGGCUCUGGAAAUCGAGAAUACAGGUACUGAAUUGGGCUGCCUGAAGUCCUGACCUAUCCCCAUUGGAAAAUGUAUUUGCAUGAAGAAUAAAAGAAAAUAACAUCUAAAACUCAUCAUCUGGUAUCCUCAAUGCCAUUAAAUAGUUUCAAUGUUGAGAAUGGAAGCAUUACACAGUGGAAGAAUGCUUUACUGUCCCAACUUGUUUUGGAAUGUGAAGCAGGGCUGAAAGUUUAACAGAUAAACCAGGAUGCAUCUUGUGUUUCGUAUUGUCUGCAGUCAAUGAAAAUCAACGUAAAUGUAACAAACACUGCUAUUAUUGUUUAAAAAACAACUAAUUUAUUUAUAGCUCUGAAAAAAAUUACGAGGCCAUUUCAAAAUGAUAAGUUUCUCUAAUGUUACUAUUUAUAGGCAUAUGUCUAAGUAAAAUGACCUUUUUUUGUUUUAUUUUAUAAACUGCUGACGACAUUUAAAAAUACAAAUAUCAUUUAUAGCAUUUAUUUGCAGAAAAUAAGAAAUGGUCAAAAUAAUGAUAAAAGAAGAAGUUCAUAUUCAUUUAGAAACAACAAAAUUAAUGUUGUUAGAGUUCAGAAAUCAAUAUAUCAGGAAUAUUCCUGAUUUUUAAUCACAGCAUUCAAUGCGUUUUGUCAUACUCUCCACCAGGCUUUCACACUGCUUUUGGGUGACCUUAUGCCACACCUGCUGAUGCAAAAAUUCAAGCAGUUCAGCUUGGUUUGAUGGCUUAUGACCAUCCAUCUUCCUCUUUAUUACAUUCCAGAGGUAAUCAGUGGUUCCCAUGUCAUCUUAAUUUAAUUCAACCUCAGGAUGACAUGAAGUGACCUACAAAAAGAAGGUCAAAUGUCAGCUGGGGUGAAGUGCAGGAAAAAAAACAGUUUAAAACAGGCUCCUAGAGCUAAAAAAAAGUUUUCAUCAAUAAGAGAGCCAGGCAAAACACAUUAAAGCUAAAAAAAGCCCUACUAAUCUGAGUUAUUCCACCAGAUUCUACCAGAUUUUUAUUUCUAAAGUUUUUCCCCUAUUCUUUUACCAUUCUGUCGCAAGUUGUUCUGAUUUGGGGUUAUAUGUGAUUGGAUGGCACGUAACUACGUUACCUUAGUUUCAAAUCUGAUACAACAGAGUAUUACAACUUUUCAACUCCAGAAAUGUCACUGCUACAAAAUGUGGCAAAGUGUAAAUUUGGUUUGAUUGGUACAUUUGCGCUAUAUUGAUUUAUACUGGUUUAUACUCACAACAGUGAUACUUCAGAAGUGUGUUGCCCACUCUCAUCCUGCAUUAAUUUGUACCUGUAGUGAGGAGCUGUAUGCAGUAACUGUUGUAUGCAUCUGAAUGUAUUCAAUUGUAUCAUAAUAUCAAAGGUUUAUCAGGGUCUACAUCAAAUGCUGAAAUGCCCUUAAUAUAUGCUUCAGGAAAUGUUACUAAUUAUGAAAAUAAACUGUGAUUUCUAUACAGCAAACUUUGUGCAUGUAGUCAUCAUAAUGAUAGGGAUGGCCAAAUCCAAUCUACUAACCAUAUUUUAAUAGAUCAGGUAUUGGUUAUUGUAAUUCUAAUCUAGUUCUAAAUCUCUGUUUUAAUCACAAUGUGCAGAGCGCC